AAGUGUAAACUAAAGUCUGGAACUUUGAAACUAAAAAUUGUUAUUUGCAAAAACUGAAGCCUUCCCUCCCUACGUCUCUAACCCUAGCCGCCGCUGCCAGCCACCCCACCUGCACCGGACCGGACCGCUGCCCAGCACCGGACGGACCCGACUCGGCGACUCCAGCCCCGCGACUCCCGCGAAGCCCCCUCUCUGUCUCCACUCUCGCCAGUCGAGUAUUAGACAGUCGCGCCGCGCCCGCAGCAGGCACCCUCGCCGCCUCUUCCAACAGCCGACGACCGACGCUCGCCGCGACCUCCUCCGUGUUAAGCAUUGUGAAGAACGAUCAUGCACACUUUUGAUUGACGAAGAUUUUACCUAUAAAAUUACAUUUUUUUAAGUUGGUUCCGUCGUCGCCCCCAAAACACUUUCUAAAACAGAAACCUCUGCCCCUCUCCGCCUCCCUUGCCUUCCUAAGAUCCAGCGUCUCUUCGCCGUUGACCACCCUCAUCUCUCUAUCCAAUUUCUCUCCCUAUCUCUCACUUCUCUCGGCCGUCCGUUGAGAAAUCGCCGUCACCACCGCUGUCCGCCUCGGAGCCUCCGUCCCAGCGCUGCAAGUAGCAGUGCACGACUGCACCGCUCCGCGGCCCUCGCCUAGCCUUCCUUGCCGCCCCGCCCCUCCUCCUUCAGCCUCAGCGCCUCCAUCCGCCGACUCUGCAGUAGAAGCAGUUUCCAACGCCCAAUUUUUGGUAUUGCAGUUUCCAGAUUAGUGAGAGGGGGAAAGAAACAAAAUCUGUAGUGGAAACCAAAAUAAAUCCAGGUAACUAAUAUGAAGAAGUCCAAGGAUCCAUUUGAGAUUGCUUUCGAGGAGCAAGAGGAAUCACCACCAGAAUCCCCUGUGGGUCUUGAUGAGAAUGAAUCACAAGCUGCAGCUGGCCCCAGUGGUGGGGAUCCAGACAUGAAUGCUAAUGUUCUUGCUGCUGAUCCAUCAACUGCAGCUGCUGGGUCAGUUCCCGCGGGGACAGUUGGCCAAAUUGGCAAGAAUAAAGAGGAUGAUGACGACGAAGAAGAAGAGAACAUGGAUGUUGAGCUUGGCAAGCUUCGACCUAGUGGUGACCCUACAAAAACAGCUAAGAUGCAGGAGAUUUUGUCUCAUUUUACAGAGGAGCAAAUGAGUAGGUAUGAAUCGUUUCGAAGAUCUGGAUUUCAGAAAGCUAACAUGAAAAGGUUAUUAACAAACAUGACUGGAAGUGCUAAGAUCACGCAACCUAUGACUAUUGUGGUAUCUGGAAUAGCAAAAAUGUUUGUCGGGGAGCUUGUAGAAACAGCCAGAGUAGUGAUGGCAGAGAGAAGGGAUACAGGACCAAUCAGGCCGUGCCACAUGAGAGAAGCAUAUCGAAGACUAAAACUCGAUGGCAAAAUCCCUAAGAGAUCGGUACCCAGGCUUUUCCGAUGAAAGCAGCACCAAUACCCUCACUCUCCUUGUCAAGAAAUACUUCAUUCCUCCUCAAAAUUUCCAGUCUAGUGUCGUCAAGAAUGUGUAUGAUUUCGCUUGAUAAUGUCUCAGAGAUUGUGUUAGCAAGAUAUAUAGUGGAAUAUAUUGAAACGUGGAAACAUGAAUUCUGUGUAUCGCUUUGAUAUGUUAUUCAUUGUAAUCAUCUGCAGUUUGUUUA